CAACACUAUUGACAAAGAUGCUGUGCCAGUGAGUGUCGACUUGUCAAAAACAGAUUUGUUUAGAAUUUCUAGAAAGAGAACCUUUAAUCUUGUGAAUUAUUACCAUAUGUGUGGCAAGCAGGGUUUUACUAGUUUGUAAUAAGUUGAUCCCUGGAACUGAUCACAAUGUCUCAAAGGGAUCCAGGACCUAUACCCAAUAGGUGGUUGAGAUGCCCACGAAAGGCAACGGGACUCGUUGCUGAUAAGUUUAUGGCUUUCAAGACUCCUUUGGGAUCUCAAUUCAAUGACAAAGUACCUGAAGAAAACCGUUUCACGCCAUCCAUGUUGUUUGUUUACAUGAAAAGCAUGAAAAUCCAACUGGGUCUAUGGAUUGAUCUGACAAACACCAGUCGGUUUUAUAACAAAGCAGAGGUAGAAGAAUCAGGUUGUAAGUAUGUGAAAAUGCAAUGCAGAGGACACGGAGAAACACCUUCACCUGAACAGACCAGAGAAUUCAUCAACUUGGUAGCCAGAUUUAUAAGCCAGAAGCCUCUAGAGUUUAUCGGUGUGCACUGCACCCAUGGUUUCAAUAGGACCGGCUUCCUACUUGUUUCAUACAUGGUGGAACAUUUGGACUGCAGUGUUCAAGCUGCUAUCAAUGAAUUUGCUAGAAUGAGGCCCCCUGGUAUAUACAAGCAGGAUUACUUACAAGAGUUGUUCCGUCGAUACGAUGAGAUAGAGUUAACCCCCGCAGCACCCGCCCUGCCUGAUUGGUGUCAUGAAGAAGAAGAGGAUUUCGAUGACGAUGUACCCAGUAAUUCUACAAACACCUCAACAUCCAAUCCACGCAAGCACAAAGGCAAAGGAAGACGGGAAACCACCCACAAGAAGGCCACAUUCAUGCCAGGAGUCAGAGGCGUAGAACCCUUCGACACCCAGCCUCGGCUCAGUGAAGUACAGAAGAAAGCCCAGCAGUUCUGUGAGUGGAAUACCACUGGGUUCCCGGGUUCACAGCCCGUGUCUAUGGAUAUGGUGAACUUGAGGAAGUUACAUGAGAAACCUUAUAGGGUCUCGUGGAAGGCUGAUGGUGUUAGGUAUAUGAUGUUAAUCGACGGUGAAGGCGAGGUGUACAUGUUGGACCGAGACAACUGCGUGUUCAAAGUGUUCGGCCUUCGAUUCCCGCACAGAAAGGAUCUCAGGAGACAUUUGAAGAAUACUCUACUUGAUGGCGAAAUGGUGAUAGAUAAAGUGGACAACAAGGACAUACCUCGAUACUUGUGCUAUGAUGUCAUCAGCUUCGAGGGGACGGACACGGGUAGAAUGGAGUUCUAUCCAACUAGACUGAGCUACAUUGAGAAUGAAAUCGUUAAUCCUAGGCACCAAGCUAUGAAGGAAGGUAAAAUCAAAAAGGAACAGGAACCGUUCAGUAUACGGCUGAAACAAUUCUGGGAGCUGCCGAUGGCCAGACAGCUGUUAGGAGAGAAGUUUGCUAAGACAUUGUCACAUGAGCCCGAUGGACUUAUAUUCCAGCCUUCUAAGGAGAGGUACAUAGCCGGCCCAUGUGAAGAUGUGCUGAAGUGGAAGCCAAGUCACAUGAAUAGUGUAGACUUUAAGUUAAAAAUUGUUACACAGGGUGGACAGGGAAUUCUGCCAACAAAAGUGGGGUACUUAUACGUGGGUAAAAUGGACCAGCCCUUCGCUUCAAUGAAAGUGACGAAAGACAUCAAACACCUCGACAAUAAAAUUAUUGAGUGCACCUUCGAGAACGGACGCUGGGUCUUCAUGAGGGAGCGAACUGACAAAUCUUUUCCUAAUAGUUUUAAUACUGCGUCUUCCGUCUGCGAAAGCAUAAAGGACCCGGUUACCAAGGAGAUCUUAUUGGACUACAUAGACAACCAUAGAUUCCACGACGAUUCGGAUAUGAUGCCGCCUCCCAAGCGCAUGCGUCGAUAGCCCAAUAUACAUUGUAGACACGUAAUAAAAGAUGGCGUGAU